AUGACUCAUGUUCUCAAAUUUUGCUUCAUUUCUUUGGACUUUGAUGAUUGGUUUUGUUUGAAAUCCAAAAUUUCUCUCAUUUUCUCAUCUGGAUUUAGUCGUUGGGUUCCUUCAAAUCCAAAAUUUCUCACAAUUUCUCAUCUGGGUGCUCCUCAUUUCUCUGUAAACAACGUCUUCUUCUUCAAAUCCCUCCAAUUUCUCAAAAUUUUCUCUCAAAUCUUCUCCAAAAUUUCAGGAGUUCACGCGGUAGAAAUCGAUCGCAAGCAGCAAAAAGUUACAGUAACAACAAUCACAGACGCAGAAACACUGAUUAAAAAGUUGGUAAAGGCCGGGAAGCACGCAGAGCCAUGGCCGGAAAAAAAACCCAACUCAAAAAACUUCGUAGAAAUACAAAUCCCGAAGGAAAUCCUCGCCGGCGAAACCAGCGCCGCCGUACAAGACGGCGAAAGUAAAAAGCAGAGGGCUGAAACAGAGGCGGCGAAAGAAGUGAAUGACCCACCAAAAAAUGAAGAGAAAGGUGAAAUUAGUGGAAAUGCCCAAGUAGCUGAAAUGAUUAACGACGGCGGGGAUGCGGCCGAGAAAAUCGCCGGCGCCGGCGUGGGACGAGUCGUGAAGUCUCCGCCGGAAGGCGGCGGUGAAAAGUGCACCGCCGGCGAGGCUCAGCCCGGCGGACCGAGUGGUGCAGUCGCUGUCGAGUCAAGCGGCGGCGAAGGGAGGAGAAAGAAGAAGAAAGGGCAGAAGAAAGGGAAGAGCGUCGGAGGAGGCGGUGGCGCCGCGGCCGGUAAUGAAGUGGGGCCACAAAGUGUUCCUGCACCUGCAAGCACUGGAUCAGCCACUCCUCCUGAUCAUCAUGAUCAAAUCCCACCACUCAAUCACGGCCCUCCAUGCCAUCAGCCGUACCAUUAUCCGGUCCACAUGCCCGUAUCACAACCAGCAUACGUGGCAAGUUACAAUACGGCACACCCGAGUAGUAGCUAUGGCCCGUACUAUGUCACACCCUCGCCAUUUUCGUAUGCGUACGUACAUUCGACUGUAUCAAGAGAUAUCUCAUCAUCAUAUUCGUCGUCACCACCACUGCCACCAGUAGAACAAUCGAACUCUCCAUCAUCGAGUCCGUUCGACUUCUUUAGCGACGAGAAUCCGAGUGGAUGCUCGAUCAUGUGACGAAGAAAAUUGUGCUGAUUCGGACAGUUUUGGACACUAAGAGCAUACCACAAUUGUACAACUUGUAUCAGUAUGUGGGGGGUAGAAUUGUAAUAUACAUGUAUAUGAAGGGAUUAUGUAUGUUGGUAAAAAAAUGAAAGAAAAAAAGAAAAACUUUGUGGGUUUU